UACCCAAUGACUGGUGCUGUGACGAUAAUCGGACCUAUGGGCAUCGUGCAAAUGUUGUUCUCUUGAAACUCUUCUUGAAAGCCCUUGGCUCGUUUCUUCUCGGCACGCAAACCCCACCUGUUUCCCCCUCACGCGGCAUCAUGCUCAGCACCAAAUGUGUCUCGCGCGCGACACUGCCCACGCGCCACGCUCCACGGCUAUGUAGAAACAUCGCAGGCAGAGGCUCGCGGCCCCAGGUGCGAACCGCCGCACAUCCAUACGCACAGCGGCGACAGCAGCACUUUGUGCGGUCCCUCGCCACUGUUGGCGCGCUCUGGGCCACCGCCACGGCAUGGCAGUGGUGCAACGGCGAGUCCAUCGUAAGAGACGCCCACGCCGAAGAGCCAGAGGGGCCAGAACUACAAUUCGAGGCCCCGCGGCGGCAGGCCACGUCAAGCGACGACAAUCGGAACAUCAUCAGUUCCCAGCACCUCCAGGUAAUCAAGAGCUGGGAGAACCCCGGCGUGUAUGCGUGGGGCUCGAAUUCAGGAAAGGUGGUCGCGCCCGAUUCCGACGAAAAAUACAUCAAGACGCCCAGGCGGCUCAGCUUCUUCGACGGCAAGCUGCUGCGGGAUAUCAAGCUGGACAGGAACUUUGGGGCGGCGAUCGACGAAAAGGGCGACCUUCUGCAAUGGGGCACAGCAUUCGCUGAUAACGUCAAGGAGCCGGUGAAAACUUUGACGGGGCUCAAUCUCACAUCGCUGGCCAUCUCACGCGAUCGCAUCAUCGGCCUUGGCAACAACGGUUCAGUGUACUCGAUACCCGUGUCGCAGGCGGAGCAAAAGAAAGGACCCAAGCCGCCGUCCAAGUCGUGGAUCCCAUUCUGGGGCGGCUCCAACGACAUCUCUUACCGCGAACGCACGCCCACGAAUCUGGGGUGGAGCGAGCGCGUGACCGACAUUCGCUCCGGACUGGAGCACGCUCUCAUGCUCACCUCGUCCGGCCGCGUGUUUUCCUUUGCUUCAGGCUCACAAGACUUUCCCAGCAAGGGCCAAAUGGGCAUACCUGGGCUGUCAUGGGAGAGCCGACCGGCUGGUGCCUUUGAUAUACCACACGAGAUCACCACGCUCAAAGGAUUUCCCAUCACGAAGAUUGCAACUGGCGACUACCACAGUCUGGUAUGCGACUCAGAAGGGCGUGCGUUUACUUUUGGCGACAACACUGCCGGCCAACUAGGUUUUCCAUUCAACGCAGAAGCACAGUACGUUGACGCACCUUCUCUACUACCGACCCAAAAGCUAUACUCUGGCCAGCAGGGCAAAGUGACAAACGUCUUUGCCGGCGGCAACACGUCGUUCCUCGCCGUCGAAGCCACAAAGGGCAACAAGACCACGGCAGACACAUGGGCUUUUGGCUUUGGCCUCACCGGCCAGCUAGGCGUGGGCCGGUGGGUCCACACGCAAGCCGAGCCCGUCAAGAUGCCCACCUUCUCCGGCCUCUUUGAAUGGGACGAAGCCAAAAACCAAGCCAUGCCCAUCCGGCUCUCGACCAUUUCCGUCGGCGCCUCGCACGCCGCCGCAGUGCUCGACAACGUGGCCAGCGUGGCCGUGUCAGGCCGCACGUCCAAACUCACGCACAACGACACAAACUGGGGGCGCGACAUCCUCUUCUGGGGCAACAAUGAGUACUACCAACUCGGCUCGGGCAAGCGAAGCAAUCUCGCUACCCCAGCGUACAUCCAGCCGCUCGACCAGGCCGCGGAGCACGAGAGAGCCGCGUCUGCCGCUGCGGGCUGGACCAGCCAGCUGCGCGAAAAGGAGAUGCAUCGGUUUCAGAUUACUCCGCGGAACAAGGUCAAGUUGAAUGGGCGUACCGUCGAGUUUGAACAAAAAGUCGAGUGUGGGAGGGGCUGCACGGCGGUUUACUCGGCUGUUUGAGUCUUGUUUCUAUCCUCUCUCUCUCUCUUCUCCUCCUCUUUGUUUUUUGGGUCCCUUCUUCUUCUUCUUGUACUUCUUGUAUAUGGCCUACAUGGCCGUGCCUUUUAGGGCGUCUCGAGCUGGCUGGGUCUGCGUGUAUGUGCUUGUCGUAUCAGCGUCCUUGUAUAAGUAGAUGUAGUCGUUGGCUAUAAUCUCCACAUCAGAUACAAACCAAUGAAAAAAAGAAUCUCAAC